AUGGAAGUCGGACGAGGCGUCUUCGAGAGUCCGGAGGGGUGGGGAUAUCUGGAGCUUAGCGAAGGAGACGACACAAAGACUAACAACAGCUCGAAUCCCGACGGCAGAGACGGAGAAAGCCUCAGAUCUCUAGGGGUGUGGUGCACACGAUUGGAGAUCAUUAUUGUGGAGAAUCGCGAUAAUGGCAGGGAUUGCCAUGUGCGUGGUGUUCGAAUACUUGGGCCUUGCCAAGAGCGUAUCUCCGCCUACCCUUCCCCUACAGAGGAUUUACCUUUCCGUUAG